AUGGCGUCCAAUGGACCCCAGGAUACUUUUGCGGCGCCCAACGUGCUGGCAGCUAUGCUGACCAUGCGGACCGGGGAUAAUGACAAGAAGAAGGUCGCCGUUGACUAUCUUGGAAAGUUUCAGAAAUCGAACGACGCUUGGACGACCACGAUAUUGAUCCUUCAGACCUCGACCGAAGCCGAAGCGCAGCUCUUCGCCGCGACGACCCUAAAGGGCAAGAUUACAUAUGAUUUGGGGACCCAAAUCUCUGAGGCGGACCUGCCAGCGUUGCGCAGCCAAAUUUUGUUGCUGCUGAAGAAGUUCGCGCCGGGCCCGAAGCCCGUCCGAGUCCAGCUGUGUGUAUGCCUGGCGAUCCUGGCUAUCCAGAUGCAAACAUGGAAGGACGUCCUGCCCACCGUUGUCUCGACCCUGGGGAACGACGUCGAAAGCCACGCCUGCAUCCUGGAUUUCCUACGCGUGCUCCCAGAGGAGGUCACAGAAGGCCGAAAAAUCACCUUGUCUGAAGAAGAUCUCACCCAGAGGACAUCGGAGCUUCUGGGGGACAAUGCCCAGCAGGUUGUACAACUGCUCACCAACUAUGCGCAGUCAUCCCCCGCCGCCGCGACAAAUCCCCAGUUGUUUGACUGCAUCAGUUCCUGGCUUCGGGAGGUGCCCGUCAGCGUCAUUGUCAAUUCCCCGUUGAUGGAUGCGGUCCUUCACGGGGUGACCGACGACAAGUCCCUCUUGGCUGCGGCGGACUGUCUGGGGAUUAUCUGCAGGGAAACCAAAGACGUGGACGACAACCUGGAGACGAUUCAAGCUCUGCUGCCCAAGGUACUGCAACUGCGCCCUCGUAUCCAAGCCUUGGUGGACGAUGACGACUCCGAGGGGUUCAAGGCCAUCACUAGGGUAUUCGCAGAUGCCGGCGAGUCAUGGGUUCUGAUUAUCGCUCGGCAACCCCAGCAUUUCCGGCCCUUGGUUGAAUGUUUGCUAGAGUGUUGCGCCAGGGACAAAGAGAAGGAUGUCAUAGGUUACACCUUCUCCUUCUGGUAUGAGCUGAAGCAGUACUUAACGCUAGACCACUACAUGGAGGCCCGAGUCCAGCUCCUCGAUGUCUACGCCCAGCUUGUCGACAUCAUGCUCAAGCAGCUCGAGUACCCAUUCUCCGACAACCCGAACGAACUCGAUCUCUUUGAUGGCGAUAGGGAGCAGGAAGAGAAGUUCCGCGAGUUCAGGCACCACAUGGGCGACACUCUCAAGGAUAGCUGCGAGGUUAUGGGUGUCGCCGCGUGUCUGACCAAAGUACACGACGCCAUCAAGGUAUGGCAGGAAAAGUAUGGGAAUCAAGCGACACCGACGUCUGUACCGCACUGGCAAUCUCUCGAGGCUCCCCUCUUUGCAAUGCGGGCUAUGGGCCGGAUGGUGGAAUCGAACGACAGCAGCGUGCUGCCCCAAAUCUUCCCACUUCUCGUCCAAAUCCCCAUCAGCAAUGAGAAGCUACGGUUUGCUGCGAUCAUGGUGUUCGGACGCUACACUGAGUGGACCGCAGCCCACCCAGAGUUUCUUGAGCCCCAGUUCCAGUAUAUUGUUUCCAGCUUCCAAGCCGACUCCCAGGAGAUCCUCCGCGCCGCUGCCCAAGCAUUCAUGUACUUUUGCGUGGACUGCAAGCAUCUCCUUGGGUCACAAGUUGUUCAGCUUCAAGCCUUCUACGACCAGAUCCUGGACAAGCUCCCGGUCUCGAGCAAAGAGGAAGUUACGGAAGGCGUUGCUUACGUUGUUGGUGUCCAGAAGACGGAAGACAUGCUCAAGCUUCUCAAGCUCUACUGUGAUCCCUUGGUGCGGCGGCUGAUGGCCAAGGCCGAUAUCGCCACAGAGAACAAGGCAAAGCUUGAUCUCGCCGAUCACAUUAAUCUUCUCACUUUCUUCGUUCAGCAUGUUGUUCCAUACAUCCCCAGCAACGAGGAGAACCCGGCAGUUGAGUACUGGCAGAGUGUCUUCCCCAUUCUGUCGAGGAUCCUCGACGAGUUUAUCAACUUCGCCCCGAUCUGUGAGAGGGUCUGUCGCUCUUGGAGAUUUUUGGUCAUUUCCUACCGGACUGCUAUCACGCCUCUCUUAGGCCCCCUCGCAAACAAGUUGGCUGAAGGCUUCGCCAAAUCCAAACAGGGCUGUUUCCUCUGGGCUACGAGUGCCAUCCUACGGGAGUUCUCCGAGGAUAGGGAACACGUUGAAGAAGGCAUUACUGACAACAUCUACGUUUUCUUCGAAGCACAGGCGACAAGCGUGCUCCGUAUCAUGAGUGAUCUCCCGCCGGUCGACCUCCCCGACGUCAUUGAGGAUUUCUACCGUCUCCUCAUCGAUGCGCUACUCUACUACCCCGCCAAACUCAUCCCCUCCCCCCUUUUCACCCCCAUAUUCCAAGCCGCCAUCUCCUCUCUAGCCCUCGAAAAACAGGAACCAGUCUCCGCUGCGCUGCACUACCUUCGCGACCUUCUCACAUACGGCGGUACCAACCCAGCCGCCUCCGGCACUGACCUCGGCCCCGCCGGCCAGCAACUCCGUCAAAUUGUCAAGCAGCUCCUCCUGACGCAGGGCGAAGCCCUCGUCAAGCAAACCCUCGCCGGCAUGAUGAUCACCUUUCCCCGAGACUGCUUCGCCGACGGCAGUGGCGUGCUCCUCGGCAUGUUUGAGCUGCUUCCGAUCGAGACAGCCCAGUGGGUUGACCGAACUGUCCGCAUGCUCCCGCAAGGCACCAUCACACCGGCCGAAGCCGACCGCCUCCUCGCCAAGAUCCGCGAGAAACUGCAAGGCACAGACCCGGCGCAUGUUCGUCAGAUCCGGGUACUUCUGCAGGACUUUACGAAUACCUACCGCCGACGAUAUGUUGCACCGCGCGAUGGGUUGGGUGAGCUGGAGGCUGCGCGUUUCCACUUUUCGGGAUAG